GGUCUAUAGAAAAACCCUAAACGCUAUAGGCUUUGUGAGAUACUUUUUAAGACGAGGAGCCUCUCCUUUCUCAUCCUCUUUCUCUACUGAAGCUCUCCUCUUGACGGUGAGAGCUCUUUGCGAGGCGAUCUCUUCUGUUCUGCUUCUUCGAAAGUUUCUUGUCACUCUUUUAACAAUUCACAAUGGGUAAGGAAAAGGUUCACAUUAACAUUGUGGUCAUUGGCCACGUCGACUCCGGAAAGUCGACCACCACCGGUCAUCUUAUCUACAAGCUUGGAGGUAUUGACAAGCGUGUGAUCGAGAGGUUCGAGAAGGAAGCUGCUGAGAUGAACAAAAGGUCAUUCAAGUACGCCUGGGUGCUUGACAAACUGAAGGCCGAGCGUGAACGUGGUAUCACCAUUGACAUUGCUCUGUGGAAGUUUGAGACCACCAAGUACUACUGCACCGUUAUUGAUGCUCCUGGGCAUCGUGACUUUAUCAAGAACAUGAUCACUGGUACCUCACAGGCUGACUGUGCUGUCCUCAUUAUUGACUCCACCACCGGAGGUUUCGAAGCUGGUAUUUCCAAGGAUGGACAGACCCGUGAGCAUGCCCUUCUUGCUUUCACCCUUGGUGUCAAGCAGAUGAUCUGUUGCUGUAACAAGAUGGAUGCUACCACCCCUAAGUACUCCAAGGCAAGGUACGAUGAAAUUGUGAAGGAAGUGUCUUCCUACCUCAAGAAGGUUGGGUACAACCCUGACAAAAUCCCCUUCGUUCCCAUCUCUGGGUUCGAGGGUGACAACAUGAUUGAGAGGUCAACCAACCUCGACUGGUACAAGGGCCCAACCCUCCUCGAUGCCCUUGACAUGAUCUCCGAGCCCAAGAGACCCUCAGACAAGCCCCUCCGUCUACCUCUUCAGGAUGUUUACAAGAUCGGUGGUAUUGGAACUGUCCCAGUGGGACGUGUGGAGACUGGUGUUCUCAAGCCUGGUAUGGUUGUCACUUUCGGUCCCACUGGACUGACUACUGAAGUCAAGUCCGUUGAGAUGCACCACGAGGCUCUUCAGGAGGCUCUGCCAGGUGACAAUGUUGGGUUCAACGUUAAGAACGUCGCAGUUAAGGAUCUUAAGCGUGGUUUCGUUGCUUCUGACUCCAAGAAUGACCCUGCUAAGGAAGCUGCCAACUUCACCUCCCAGGUUAUCAUCAUGAACCACCCAGGCCAGAUCGGUAACGGAUAUGCCCCAGUGCUUGAUUGCCACACCUCCCACAUCGCUGUCAAGUUCGCCGAGAUCAUGACCAAGAUUGACAGACGAUCUGGCAAGGAGCUUGAGAAGGAACCUAAGUUUUUGAAGAACGGAGAUGCUGGUUUCGUGAAGAUGAUUGCAACCAAGCCCAUGGUUGUGGAGACCUUCUCUGAGUACCCACCACUUGGUCGUUUUGCUGUGAGGGACAUGCGUCAAACCGUUGCCGUUGGUGUUAUCAAGAGUGUGGAGAAGAAGGAUCCCAGUGGUGCCAAGGUUACCAAGUCCGCUGCUAAGAAGGGAAAGUAGAAUUUGAGCCCGAAGAGAGGUAUGGUUUUAGUAGUUGUAGUAGUAGUAGAGCCGUAGAGGCGGCGUCUGGUUAUUUUAUAUUUAGUACUCUUCAGUUUUGGACUUCAGGUCUGGUAUCUACUAGCUCUUUGUCACAGUUUACUACUUGCUUCAUUCUUGAGCUUGGUGGAGUUGAGCAAUCGGACGCAAACCUGGGUGCUCGACAAGCGGUGGCAAGGUCUGCGGAUUCCUUAUUUUGGGUUUUUUUUUUAUCUUGAGAUGAAUUUCGGUUUUAGUUUUCUUUCUGUAGAGAAUUUUCGAUUUUGAUGAUGAACAUGUUUCAAUUCGGAAUUUUUGAUUUUUCAUACUCUGGUUAAUUAUUUGGAUUAUAAUAUUUUCAUUCUCCAUCCAA